UGAGCUGUACCUGCAGAGAGAGUCAGGUUACAGAUACAUUUGUGUAACUGAUGUUUUGUUAAAUGAAAAGCUAAUGUGUGGUGUUGGGAUGUAGAGCACAGAACCAGCUUAGAGUGGAACCCAAUCAGAACAUAUGUUUAUAAUAUUGGAUAAUGCUUUCUAAUUAUUAAGAUUUUGGAAGAUGGUGCAGACAGCAUUUUGGGUUCUGAAGAAGCAUUUUGAGGGCAACCCUAAACUAAGCGAUUUUGAGCUCAAAGAGGCAGAAUUACCAGCACUGAACCAUGGAGAUGUGCUGCUCGAAUCUGUAUUCUUCAGUGUUGACCCAUACAUGAGAGCCUACAGCAAGAGAAUGAUGAAGGAAGGGGAUAUAAUGUUAGGAAGCCAAGUGGCAAGGGUCAUGGACAGCAAGAAUUCUGCAUUUCCUGUAGGAACCUUUGUUGUGUCUGCUGCAGGCUGGACAACUCGCUUUGUCUCCAAUGGCAAAGAUUUGCAGCGAAUGAUCCCUGACUGGCCAAAUGAGCUUCCCAGAUCUCUGGCCCUUGGAACAAUUGGCAUGCCUGGGCUUACCGCAUAUUUUGGCCUUUUUGAUGUUUGCAAGCUUAAACCAGGGGAGACUGUACUGAUCAACUCAGCCGCUGGUGCUGUGGGCAGCGUGGUUGGGCAGAUUGCCAAAAUAGCAGGUUGCAAAGUGGUUGGCAGUGCAGGCUCAGAUAAAAAAGUAGCCUUUCUAAAAAAUCUUGGCUUUGAUGUUGCCUUUAACUACAAGACUGUGGGAUCCCUGGAGCAAACUCUGAAAGAAGCGUCUCCGGAUGGCUACGAUUGCUACUUUGAUAACGUGGGAGGUGUGUUUAGCAGCGUUGCUGUGGAGCAGAUGAAGAAAUACGGGAGAAUUGCGGUGUGUGGUUCUAUUUCGUUGUACAACGACAAGGAGCCCCAAAAAGGUCCUUAUGUCCAGAUUCCUAUGAUCUUUAAAGAACUCCGCAUGGAAGGCUUCCUGGUAACACGGUGGGAAAACCGUAAGGAAGAAGGUCUGAAAGCUCUGUUGAAGUGGGUCAUGCAGGGAAAAAUUAAGUGGCAUGAACAUGUCACAGAAGGAUUUGAGAAUAUGCCGGCAGCAUUCCUAGGAAUGUUAAAGGGAGACAAUAUUGGGAAGGCAAUCAUAAAAGUGUGAAGGGCACAUGACUCCCCCCACUAAGAAAUUUAGCACACUGAAUUACUCCCCGCAUCUUCUUUAACUGCCUACUGUAUCCUGGCCAGAAGCUUAUUCAUAAGCAUGCUAGAUUUUGUAACAAAACAGACAUGACGUAAUAUAACAACACAGUUAUGGUGACAUCCAUAGUUAGUUAGGGAUAGGGAAAGUGAUUGUAAGCCACUUUGAGACCCCUAAAGGUAGAGAAGAACCAACUCAGGAUGGUCCCGGGGCUUUUCUCUUAAAGCUGGAUUAAAAAUAAACCUGAAAUAAAUAAUCAAUCUUGGGAGGGGGGGUGGGCUGUGGAGGAAUGAACUCUGCUUUCAAAAUGGAAUGAGCCAGCUUGCUACUGCAUGCCAUUGACUGUUUAUUAGCUAAUUAAAGUAACCUUUUCCA